AUGGAUGGUGAGCUUGAGACUGAGCUCAAUCUCCUGAAAGUUCGUCUUACCCGGAUGACGAAACAAGCCGUGGAAAUAUGUCAGCAGUUGGAAUUCGAAUUUGAAAAGCAGAAGCAGAGGAAUUAUGAUAUGGAAAUGAAGGAACCGACUGAUCAUGAACUAAGAGACAAAAUUAAGUCAGGGUUGGAAAGCCAACCGGCGAAACCCAAAAGCAAAAUGGAAUCAACAAUGAAUCAAAUGAAGGGCGGAGCGAAGGUUCGAGAAGAUGCCUGA